AUGGAAGUCAAUGGUGAACCAGAUAUAGCUGGUAUUUUAAGCGCGGCUUUAAUGCCAUUGAAAGAUAUGAAACAUGCAGAUAUUUUGGACCAGUAUGAAAUGAACAUGGCUGAUGGAAAUAUAACACCUGACGUUCUAGAACAUUUAUCUCAAAGAACUACACAGAACCAUAGAGAUGGUAUAUUUGGUGAAGAGUUUAGAAAGAAAGUUAGGGAGGGAGAAGGAAGAGAACCUAUUGUACAUGACCUUGCAAACGAAAGUUUACAAAAUGUCAUAAAAACUUACUUUGCAGGCGAUGAAUCGAGAAGGGAUGAAUAUUUAAGAAAACUCAAAUGGACAGUACCAAAUGAAAUGUUAGUAUUGAAAAACAUGUUCCUUGACAAAAUAAAACCAACUACAGAAAUAAACGACGCAAGACUGAAAGAUUGGGUAAAAGCUUUCCCAUUCACAAAAGAUAUAGUUGGUAACAUGGAAAGAAAACCAGAAUGGCUACAAAAACAUAUAUUUGGAAACGAGCUUAUUCCAUAUGGACAGGCACUGUUUGAAGAGCUUGAACCAGAAACUCAGGAAAGAGUCAUGCAAACAAUACGCGAAGACUCAAAUACAGACUAUGACAAACUCUUUCUAGGAUAUAGGUUACCUGAGAUGGGCGACCAGAGCCAAAAGGCAAAAAGAACAUGGGAAAUUUGCAACAUACUAGAUGAACAUAAUGCAAAGAUGCAACAACUUCAAGCAGAGGGCAAUGAAGGAAAAAGAAGAGUUAAAAACUCAGUCAGGAAGAAAGUAAAGCUUGGUCCACGUGGGUUCUAUUAUGACAUAUAA